AUGUUAUUGGAGAGCCAACUUCCUUUCUUCAUUCUCCGCAAAUUGUAUGAAACACUUGAGCUUCCAAACCAAAAUGGUGGAUUGAUUCGUCUUGCCUUGAACUUUUUCAGUGAUCUUUUACCAGUUCAAAUGUCAACACGCGAAAACGAAAAUCCACUGGUGGGCAUCAGACAAUUGCUUGACGAAAACGAAAAUCCACUGGAGGACAUCAGACAUUUGCUUGACUUGAUUCACAGAUUUUGGUCGACUUCAAAACUGGAGGCGCAAAAUGAUGUGAACAGGAGCACAGAAGAGUUCGACUUGAUUUGUUGUUCCACACAACUUGCAGAGGCUAGAAUGAAGUUAGAGAAAUUCAACCGAAAAGACAUAUUUGACAUACAAUUCAACAAUGGUUCACUGCAGAUCCCAACGUUGGUCAUUGAAGAUAGGACAGAAUCUUUCAUCCGAAACCUCAUUGCCUAUGAGCAAUAUCGUGGUGGUGAUCAAAUCAACAUUGUGACAGACUACGUGACAUUCUUGGGUUGCCUCAUCAAGUCUGAAAAGGAUGUAACACAACUCUCCCGCCAUGGAAUCAUUCGUAACCUUGUUGGUGAGCAUGAAGUCAUCUCUCAAAUGUUGAACAAAUUGAAUGUCUGCACUAUUGGACCAAGUAGAAACUUCCAUUACGCUGAGAUAUUUGGAAGACUGAACAUCCAUUGCAACCAUGGUUCAAAGUCGCGGUCGCGGUGUGGACCGUUCCACAUCGGUUUCGGCAUAUCGGUCGCGAUCUCGUGGUACUGGUUGAGAUCUUUUGCCUAUCGUUGUGGCUUCUAUUUGAGGAUACUUGCUUAUUUUAAAGUUUCAGUUCUUGUGGUUGAGUUGCUGCCGUUGAAUUUAAUUCUUUCCUGUCUGUGCACCAGUGGUACUGGUUGCGGCAUUGCUUAG